AUGUAUCAAGAGCUUGUGUUCGAUAAGGCGUCCUUACGUGUCAACUUUGAUGCCAAGUUUACCAUGAUUGGCCAAUGUGAUCCCGAUGACUGCCACUCCCAGCAGGACUACUUUGAGGUGGUCAAGGUCGCCGGCCAAAAAGACGCCUGGGCUCACAAAUACUUGGUUGGCGUGGAUGGUAAUGCUUUCAGCGGUCGGUUUUACGUGUUUUUCCUCUGCACCAGCUUUAUAUACAAGAUUUCUCACUUCCGCGAGAAGCACGAGGUGGAUCAAGCCUUGGCUGCAUUAUGUGCCGCUCGGCUUGAAUGGCAACGGAUACACGGAGACCAUGCGCUAUCUCCAAAAUUCACCAAGAAGAAGAAGGCAAGAAGACGGCCUAUCCGAUUGCAACUUCAGGCCAGCAAUACAGACAUUUCGUGGAUGACAAUCGCGAACAAUUAG